UAGAAAAUAGAGUAUGAGCAUGAAGGCAUUGAACAGAUUGAUUUCAGGGAAAGCACUAAAGGUUGGAAAUUCAUUUCCAUAUCAAAUUUGUGUAGUUGGGUUUCUAUGUGGAAUCUGUCUCACUUCACUCUUCUUAGCUGCUCUCACUUCUCUUGGCACCUUCGAACUCGCCGCAUUCUCGUUCUCUGCCUCCUCCUCUGCUUUUCUCCCCUACAAUUCCACUACUCACAUCAUCAAUAUGGUAGCUAGCAUAGACCGGAAAUUGAAAUGGACGAACAAAAGUAAGACAGAAGAUAAUGAUGAUCAAGUAAACCUUUUGGUCUCUGCUUGGGAAAAUUUAUCACUAAACAAUGAAGACUUCUUGAAGAAACUAGGGGUGAAUAAAUCUGAUGUACCAAACGCUCUACAUUUAGAGAACUGUGAGGAGAUGUCACGAGUUAGGGAGCAUUUAGAUAGACGGAUAGAGAAUCAGACGUUUCCUACUUGGAUCAAUGGAGGAGAUGAAGAGAACUAUCCGUUAACGAGGAGAGUGCAAAGUGAGAUAUGGAUUCAUCAGCAUCCUUCGAACUGCGAAAACACGACCCUCAAGUUCCUUGUAGCUGAUUGGGAAACGCUUCCUAUAUAUGGAUCUGGAGCCCAGAUCACUGAAAUGACCGGACUGCUCGCAAUCGCUAUAAACGAAGACCGUGUGCUCGUUGCGAAUCACUAUAACCGAGCAGAUCAUGAUGGUUGCAAAGGUUCUUCUCGUGGAAGCUGGUCAUGCUAUUUUCUACCGGAAACGUCGGAAGAGUGUCGAAAAUGUGCGUUUGCGGUUGUGAGGGAGAAAGAAGCUUGGAGGAGUGGGAUUGUUACAAGUAAACAAAACUACAGCUCAAAGGUGAUUUGGGCUGGACCUGUUCCAAAGCUAUGGGGUAAGCCUUGGAGUUAUAUGAAACCUACUACAGAAAUAAACGGAAGUUUAAUCUCCAGUCACCGGAAAAUGGAUCGGAGAUGGUGGAGAGCACAAGCAGUGAGAUACUUGAUGAGAUUUCAAACGGAAUACACUUGUGGUUUGAUGAACGCUGCUCGAAAUACCGCAUUUGGAAAAGAAGCUGCUGAGAUUGUUCUAUCAGGUGGUAGAGAUUGGAGAAAAAACAAGAAGAGGACACAGAUUGAGGAACAAGUAUGGUCUAAUCACAAGCCGUGGAUUCCAAGGCCAAUGCUGAGCGUUCAUGUCCGGAUGGGAGACAAAGCGUGCGAGAUGAGAGUCGCGGCUUUAGAAGAGUACAUGCGUCUGGCUGAUCGGAUAAAGGAUCGGUUUCCGGAUCUCAAGAGGAUCUGGCUGUCUACGGAGAUGAAGGAAGUUGUGGACACAAGUAAAGAUUAUGGUCACUGGAGAUUCUAUUACACGGAAGUGGCGAGACAGGUUGGUAAUAAGUCCAUGGCCGAGUAUGAAGCGAGCCUUGGAAGAGAAACAAGCACCAACUAUCCUCUGGUUAACUUCUUAAUGGCGUCGGAAGCUGAUUUCUUUGUCGGAGCAUUGGGUUCCACUUGGUGUUUCCUUAUUGACGGCAUGAGAAAUACUGGUGGCAAAGUCAUGUCCGGUUAUUUAAGUGUUAAUAAAGAUCGGUUCCGGUAAUUUCACUGGCUUCGCAAUGU